AUGUCUUUACGAAAAUACUUUGAAAACCUCACUUUGGCUGAUUGUCUUCUUCUGACCGCUCUUUUCUUUUUUUCCUAUGUCGUCCAAUUUUACUAUAAGCACUUUACUCGUCCAAAUAAAUUACCAGGUCCUUUCCCCCUUCCAAUUAUAGAAUGCGCUUAUUGUUUUAGGGGUGAUAUUAGGCAAUUAUUCACCUCGUUAACCAAAAAAUAUGGGGACAUUUACGAAAUUCAACUUGGUGGUAUACGACGAAUUAUAAUUUCACGCCCGGAAUAUAUUGAAAAGUUUUUUAACAAUUCCACAAAACACUCAACAUUUAUGUCAAGAUUGCCUUAUACUCAAGGGAUAGAAGAGCUUGGAGUUGCUAGAAAAGGAUUAUUAAAUAAUGAUGAUUUUAAAAGUUGGAGAUUUAAUCGUCAAUUCUUUACUCAAGCAAUCUUAUCACCCAGUUUUAAUAAUGAGGCAAUUAACCGGACAAAAUUGUUAUUUGAAGAAUUAGAAGGGUAUUGGAAAUCUCUCGGUUCAACUAAUCCUGAUGAUGAAGAGUGGUCAUUAAAAACAGAUUUCUCGAAAUGGUUUCAUAGAUUUACUAAUGACAUGAUUGUUGUUCUAACCACUGGUGAACGUUCCUAUUCGAUGGGAUCAUAUUAUAAUACUCUAAGUCCUGUAAAAGCAUCACAUCCAGAUACGUUAAUCGAUGAUUCGGAUAGAUUUGUUAAAGGUAUUACCCAAUUUGUUGUCGGUGUAUCACUUUUUGUGUUCUUGGGUCCGUUUAUGCGGCAUUAUGUUCCAAUUAUUAGAGAUAAAGCAAAUUCUGUAUUAAAAAAUCGAGAUUACUUGUUUGGAAAGUUGGAUACAAUUAUUAGAAAAAGGAGGCAAGAGAUAGAAGUGAUGCAGAAUAAAGAAUUAAAACAUGACAUGUUAACUUCUUUAAUUGUCGCCAACACCGAACGAGAUAUUAAUUACAAAAAAACUGUUGGAGGAGAAAUAUUUCUACCUAUGACCGAUAUAGAAAUCAGAUCUAAUAUUUUAGACGCUUUCUUAGCUGGAACAGACACUACCGCAAACCUAUUUAGUUUUAUAACUUACUACUUAUGCCAUUAUCCUGAAGUAAAACGAAAAAUGCUUGCCGAGAUUGAUUCAAUAGUUCAGCCAAAAAGUUCCUUCCAGUUAACACACAAUGAUCUCUCAAAAUUAAGGUAUUGCGAAGCAAUUAUUAAAGAAGUUGAACGGAUAUUUCCUGUUGUAAAUCUAACGUCAAGAUAUGCUGCUUCUCCUAUUGAGAUUGGAGGAUAUCAAUGGCCAGUUGGAACAACGUUUCAUAUUGAUUUUGUUAGCUUACACCGACAUAAAGAUUAUUGGUCCAAUCCAGAAGCUUUUGAUCCUGAUCGAUUUUUUCAUGAUAAGAUGAAUGAAAGUUAUUUAAAUGUAAAAUAUGAAAAUAUUAUCAAAGAUGAUCAUAAUAAUAAUACGAAAGAUGAAAAAGUUGGGAAAAAAUAUUCAUUUGUAAUGUUUGGUGGUGGAUUUAGAAUUUGUCCCGGAAGGAAGUUAGCAAUAAUUGAGUUGCUUUCUCUUAUGGUAUACGUAUUUGGGAAAUAUGAUGUUGAAUUAGUUGAUAAGGAAUCUCCAUUAAAAACCAAAUCUUCCGCAAUCACUAAUUGUCAAGAACUGAUGGUUAAAAUUAAGCCUAGGUUUCAGCAAUUAUAA